CUGCUCCGGACAAGUCUCAAGCCCUCUACAGCCGACUUGCAGCCUUCUUCUUUUUGCCUUGAGCGUCUCCCCUUUCCUAGCAGCAAUCAUAAUUGUUUGACCAUUAGGCCCUUAUAUUCCCUCUCAGAUGCUGUGUUUCUUUGCCACCAUCUGCAGUAUUUGUUCUUGCCUUUUUAAUCCGCUCCGCUCAAUGCUCCAAAAAUGGCCCUUACAGGUAUGAACACUAUUUUCCCCCGUGUGCAUGCCGCACACAGUAUGUUAGUUGUAUAUUGUUUUGAUCCAGGUGUUGGCCCAAUAUCAGUUAAAAUAUUCAUUAUGGGCUGCAAUACCUAAUACUCAUACCAGCACACUUGUGUAAUAAAGUUUUUAUUUAAUUAAAAUUAAAGUCUAAAGUAUCUAAAAUCUAUAAAAUCUCUAAAAGUAUAAAAUGGAUGAGAGGAUGCCAAUUUACUCACUUUGAUCAACAAAAUAUGUUUUCCAGAAUGUGCUUCAGAAUUAACUCGACUGACCAAAAUGCCAAUAUAGACUAAAGCACACACACACACACACACACACACACACACACACACACACACACACACACACACACACACAGGCUUUUGGUACUUUUGGAUGCUCGAGUGUAUCAGGGCACCUGUAAUAAAACAGCACUUCAUGUCAGCUGCAGAGCUUCUCUCCAAGCAGAGAGGCCCAGCGACAGUUUCUGAGGUUAUUCCAUGGCAAAUACCCACUUUGCCUUACACUGCAAAGUUCUCAGGACGUGAACACCUAGAUUUGAUGAAAAAAAGAAAUCAUGCUUUUAGAAGUGUUAUCAAUUAAUUUGCUACUUGUUUCUGUCAUUCCCAUUUAAAGUGCUUUUAUUUCACAAACAAAGGUGAAAGAAGCUCAUCACUUUUGUGAAAAUUUGCAUGGUUUGGUAAGCAUGAGAAAACUAGAGCAGCCGUUUUCCAGUGUAUAGGAGUUAUUUCUUAAGUGCGUGUUUUUUUUUUUUGGAAAGUCUUUUGUUUUCUGUCAUAACUAACCAGGCUGAAAAAAAGGCCUGCAUGAAAUACAAUACAUUGAAGAAAAAGGAGCUUUACUGAUCUGAACACUGUGCUCAUUUACCCUCCGGUGAUUUUUCAUGAGACAUUUUUACUUAAAUAAUGUGUAAAUCAGUGAUGUUUCCUGUCAAACGUUUGAAUAAACCUGUCUCAGACAUCCUGGGCGUGGCCUCCACCUGCCUGCAGACCUGCAGUGAUUCCGUUAUCAAUUUGUAUAUAAAUUAGAAUUCAAGUGAAAUGUAAUCCUGUCCGUUCCUACUAAAUUUAUAAAAAAUGAUGUUGGUUCUUGUGAAUUAUUGCGGAACAUUCGUGCAGAUGGACUUGAAUUUCAGCAUAUAAACAUGUAGCCUAAAUACAGAGGCUUGCAAAAGUUUUCAUACCCCUUGAAGUUUUCUACAUUUUUGUUACAUUACAACCACAAAUGUAAAUGCAUUUCAUUUGGAUUUUAUGUGAUAGACCAACACAAAGUGGUGCAUUAUUGUGAAGUGGAAGGAAAUUCAAAUUUUUUUACAAAUAAAAAACUGAAAAGCGUGGCGUGCAAAAGCAUUCAGCCCCCUUUACUCUUAUACCCCUAAAUAAAAUCCAGUGCAACCAAUUGCCUUCAGAAGUCACCUAAUUGGUAAACAGUCCACCUGUGUGUAAUCUAAUCUCAGUAUAAAUACAGCUGUUCUGUGAAGCCCAAGGAACAUACCAGAUAUUAGCUAUUUUGCAAAGAAGAAUGGGCAAAAAUGUCAGUCUCUAGAUGUGCAAAGCUGGUAGAGACAUAGACCCCGAAAGACUUGCAGCUGUAAUUGCAGUGAAAGGUGGUUCUACAAAGUAUUGACUCAGGGGGGGCUACUUUUGCACGCCACACUUUUCAGUUUUUUUAUUUGUAACAAAAAAAAAAUAUAUAAUUUUCCUUCCACUUCACAAUUUAUGCGCCACUUUGUGUUGGUCUAUCACAUAAAAUCCCAAUGAAAUACAUUUACGUUUGCGGUUGUAACGUUUAUCGGUGUGUUUUGCCGAAGGCACCGCUGCCUGGAAGGCACCGUUGGGAGGCACUGGUUAUGGUUAGGUGCCUUCCUAUGAGGUGCCUUGAAGGCAGCGGUCGCAGCGCUGCCUGGAAGGAGCAGUUGGGGGCAAAAAAACACCAUCGAGCGGUUGUAACGUGACAAAAUGUGGAAACGUUCAAGGGGUAUGAAUACUUUUGCAAGCCUCUGUAUAUAAAGGCCGUCGGGAGAGAUGAUUAGGGCGAGAGCGGCACUGAAAGACUAGUGGCAGCUGUUCAUGGACUAGCCUAUAGCCUACUGUUACUGUGACUCGAGCUCAUUCCACUUCUGGAAGGAGAGAAGGCACCUGCGUCCCUGACACACCUGGGCGAAGUUUGGAAUCAGAAGCAUCCGCACGUUUAAAUGGCUAUGUGGAGCUGCGCUGAACCUAGCUUCAGGUACACACAGUGUGUCGCCUGUUGACAGAGACUGUGUAAUGUGGAGACGAUAACACGCCAGGUCCCAGGGCCAUCUCCCACGAAAGAUGAUCCAUUUCUAGGAACGGCACACCAGAUAUAGCCUGGUGUACUCCCCUCGAGCCAAUGAGACGUAUUAAAACCUUAAGUGUCGUGGUUGUCCUGGCCACUUUGUUCCUGAUCUACUUCUACUCGACACUCCACCUGGAGACGGCCUACAGCCGCAGGGCUGGACCCGGCGGGCUCCAGAAGCAUCCCAGCCGCCAGGUUCAAGACAGCGAUGUGAAGACACCAUCCUCCACCACACCUCACCCUGAUGUCCACGAUGUGUCCGUCUCUGAUGUCCUCAGAGAGACCAUCCCUCGCAACGGCGCGUACUGGAACCGCCUGCUCUACGCUGCCCUCCGGAAUCUGGACAAGGGAGAAGAUCCUUUCAGACGUGACACCAAUUGGUCCGGCUGCAGGGAGACGAAUCAAGAGCUUCUGCAGAACAACGUGCACGACUUUGCCUCCUACCCAGUCUUAUUCCAGGACUUUUUGCAGGGCAUGAAGUGCAGGACCCCUCCAGUCCUGCUCAAUCAACCCAACAAGUGCAUCUCUGGCGACGGGAAGGGAGACAACCAGACCUUCCUGCUUUUUGCUAUCAAGUCAAACCCUGGGAACUUUGAGCGGAGGCAGGCGGUGCGGGAGACCUGGGGGCGAGAGGGGACGCAUCAGAGUGGACUGCGAGUGCGCACUGUGUUUCUGCUGGGUAGCCCCCCGCUGGACGACCCCCACCUCGCCCCACUGCUGUCAUUUGAAGCAAGCCACUUUAAGGACCUGGUGCAGUGGGACUUCCACGAGUCGCUCUUGAACCUGACGCUCAAAAUGAACACGUUCCUCCAGUGGCUACUGAAAACCUGCCCCAGCGCCUCCUUCGUCUUUAGCGGGGACGACGACGUGUUUGUGAACACGCCGGCGGUACUCGGCUACCUGCGGUCUCUGGAGCCUUCCAAGGCCUCUCGGUUGUAUGUAGGACAUGUCAUAAGCACAGCAAAUCCCCUCAGGGACCCUACAAGCAAGUACUACGUUCCCCUGAGCUUCUACGACGGCCCAUACCCUGCGUACGCCGGCGGGGGCGGUUUUCUGAUCUCUGGAGCGUUGCUGCAACGCCUACACUCAGUUUCACGCGUCAUUCCUUUUUUCCCCAUCGACGACGUCUACACUGGGAUGUGCAUUAAGGCUGUGGGGGUUUCUCCGGAGGCAAACAACGGCUUUCAGACAUUUGACGUCAAGGAGGAGGAUCGUGAGAACCUGUGUGUACAUAAGAGUCUUCUUCUGAUUCACCAGCGCUCCCCACAGCAGACCAAGAAGCUGUGGAAGGGCAUUCACAGCCCCUUGUUGACUUGUUGAAUAGCAGUGUUGUAUAAAGUACUAGAAAGCAAUACUUGAGUAAAGUACAAGUAUCAUACUAGAAAAAGACUUUGGUAGAAGUGAAA